ACCCCCAGGCUUCCGGGCUGCCGCGGGCUGUGUGGUGUCGGCAUGGCGGUCGCUCUGGGCGUUUUGUUGGGCGCGCGUGUUCGUGCUGCCGCGGCUCGCUGUGGUUUCGCGACCCGGGGGAUGGCAGACCCGGGCACCCUGGGCCGGGAGCCGGACCCCGACUCCGACUGGGAGCCGGAGGAGCGGGAGCUGCAGGAGGUGGAGAGCACCCUGAAACGACAGAAGAAAGCCGCCCGGUUCCAGAAAAUUCGGAGACAAAUGGAGGCUCCGGGUGCCCCGCCCAGGACCCUGACGUGGGAAGCCAUGGAGCAGAUCCGGUAUUUGCAUAAAGAAUUUGCAGAGUCCUGGUCAGUUCCCAGAUUAGCUGAAGGCUUUGGUGUCAGCACUGACGUGAUCCGGAGGGUUUUAAAAAGCAAGUUUGUCCCCACAUUGGAGCAGAAACUGAAGCAGGAUCAGAAAGUCCUUAAGAAACCUGGGCUUGCCCACUCGCUCAGGCAGCUCCCCGGUUCCCAGGAUACCUUGAAGCCGCUGUCCCCUAGCCGCUCUGGAUCAGGCUCUUUGUUGAUGCCAACAGAUGAAACCUCAUUCAAAGGCUGGGGUCACAGCACAGCUUUGAAAGUGAUAGAAUCGGACACUCCCAGUACAGAGACACCAAGGAGACAGAAGGGAGGGGACGGAGGAACCCAGGACCUGCAGCAGCAGCGCUCUGUGCCUGUUGCGGCCCCGGGUCACGCUCAGGAGCCACACAGGCGCGCCACCAGUGACCGUGCAGGCUCUAGACGGGCGGACGGUGACAGGUUGCCCGGUGCCAAGAGGCUGGAAGAGGUGAAAACACAGGAGUUGGGUGACCAGAACUUCAGCAGCAAAGUAGUCCAGAGGGGGCGGGAGUUCUUUGACAGUAAUGGGAACUUCCUGUACAGAAUUUGAGCCGGAGCCUGGUCUGUGGAGAUGCCACCUGGAACGCGGCUGGGAGAGCAGCUUUGGAGCUGCCCGGACUUCUGCACAUGGAUUAUCC